AGCACCAAAGGUGGCUCUGAAAAAGCGAAGUGAGAGAGAGUUUAGAGAGAGAAAGUAAGAGAGAGAAGUUCGUUUCGAGACGUUAUCGGAUUUCACCGACCCAAUUCGCCGGAAUUUGGGAAUUCUUGUUCACGUCCGGCUAGGUGACUCUGCGAUCUGUAAAAUUGGGCUUUGUCAAGGGUUUGAUUAGGAAAUUCUUGUGAUGUUUACUCCACAAAAGAAGGGGUGGUCUGGUUGGUCCCUCUCACCCAAGAGUGCACUGGCCCAGAAGAACGGUUCAGGGUCUGAUUCAAACCCUAAUUCAAAUAUCAGGAACGCUGAAACAGUUGCGAAGGGUAAAAGUGUGACUUUUAUUGAGUCUACGCCACAGCCGCGGCAGAUGGGUUCAUUAGGCGAGAAAGGUGGAAAUAUGGUGGUGAGGUUGGACGAUGCGGCGGUGGACCAGGAAUCAGUGCUUGAGAAGGUUUCGAACCUUGAAAAUGAGCUUUUUGAGUACCAGUACAGUAUGGGCCUUCUUCUGAUUGAGAAGAAGGAGUGGACUUCUAAAUAUGAAGAACUUGGACAAGCAUUAGCAGAAGCAACGGAUGCCCUCAAACGAGAACAAGCGGCACAUUUAAUCUCAAUAUCAGAGGUAGAGAAGCGAGAAGAGAAUUUGAGGAAGGCAUUGGGUGUUGAGAAGCAAUGUGUGCUUGAUUUAGAAAAAGCUUUGAGAGAGAUGCGUUCAGAAUAUGCAGAAAUUAAGUUUACAUCUGAUUCAAAGUUGGCUGAAGCAAAUGCUCUGGUCACUAGCAUUGAAGAGAAAUCUUUGGAGGUGGAAGCGAAGUUGCAUGCUGCUGAUGCCAAACUUGCUGAAGUGAGCAGAAAGAGUUCAGAGAUUGAUAGAAAAUCACAUGAGGUGGAGGCUCGGGAAAAUGCACUUCGAAGGGAACGGUUAUCCUUCAAUGCAGAUCGAGACGCACAUGAGAGUGCCAUAUCUAAACACAGAGAAGAUUUGAGAGAAUGGGAAAGAAAAUUGCAAGACGGAGAAGAAAGGCUGGCUGAGGGUCGAAGAUUGCUUAAUCAAAGAGAGGAGAGGGCAAAUGAAAAUGACAGGAUCCUUAAGUUGAGACAGAAUGAGCUUGAAGAGGCACAAAAGAAGAUUGACACGGCUAAUUCAAUUUUGAGAAAGCAAGAAGAUGAUAUAAGCAGCAGGCUAGCAGACCUAGCUGUUAAAGAGAAGGAAAUUAAUUCCUUGAGAAAUAGCCAAGAGAUGAAAGAGGAGGAAUUACACGCUUUACAGGAAAAGCUUACUGCGAGGGAAAAAGUUGAGAUUCAGAAACUUCUUGAUGAACAUCAGACCAUCCUGGAUGCAAAGAAACAUGACUUUGAUAUGGAAAUGGAUCAAAAGAGAAAAGCCUUAGAUGAGGAGUUGAAAAGCAAGGUAGUUGAAGUGGAGAAGAAGGAAGUUGAAAUUAACCACAUCGAGGAGAAAGUUGCAAAACGAGAACAGGCGUUUGAAAAAAAACUGGAGAAAUUUAAAGAGAAAGAGAAGGACUUUGAGUCGAAGUCCAAAGCUCUGAAGGAAAGGGAGAAGUCCGUCAGGGUUGAUGAGAAAAAGUUGGAGAAUGAAAGGAAACAAUUGCUUGCUGAUAAGGAGAAUUUGCUUAUUGUCAAGGUUGAACUUGAGAAAAAAAGGGCUGACAUUGAAGAACAACAGUUGAAGAUAAGUGAAGAGAGGGAACGACUUAUAGUAACCGAAGAAGAGAGGUUGGAACAUGUCCGUUUGCAGUCGGAAUUGAAGCAGGAAAUAGACAAAUGCAGACUCCAGAGGGAGAUGCUUUUGAAAGAAGGUGAAGAUUUGAGACAAGAAAGAGAGAAAUUUGAGAAAGAGUGGGAAGAACUGGAUGAGAAAAGAUCUGAGAUUAAGAAAAAGUUAGGUAACAUUACUGAACAGAAGGAAAAGUUAGAAAAACUGAAACGUUCUGAAGAGGAAAGGUUAACCAACGAGAAGCUGGAAACGCAGAAAUAUAUUCAGAGGGAGUUGGAAGCUCUCAAACUGGCUAAAGAUUCUUUUGCAGCUAGCUCGGAACAUGAGAAGUUGGUUAUUGCUGAAAAAACUCAAAGUGAGAAAAGUCAAAUGCUUCAUGAUUUUGAGCUGAGGCACAGGGAACUUGAGACGGAAAUGCAGAACAGGCAGGAGGCCAUGGAGAAUCUUCUGCGUGAAAGGGAGAAGUCAUUUGAGGAAAAGAGUGAGAGGGAACUAAACAUUAUUAAUAACUCGAGGGAUGUGGUCCAAAGAGAAAUGGAAGAAAUGAAACUAGAAAGACUAAAGAUAGAAAAGGAGAAACAGGAAAUUGAUGCAAACCAGAAGUAUCUUGAAGGGCAGCAGCUUGACAUGCAUAAAGACAUUGAUGAGCUUGUUGACCUUAGCAAAAAGUUGAAGGAUCAGCGUGAACAACUUAUCAAGGAAAGAGAACGCUUUAUUGCAUUUAUUGAGAAGCUCAAAAGUUGUGAGACAUGCGGAGGGAUAACUUGUGAGUUUGUUGCUUCUGAUCUUCAAUCCUCACUUGAAAUGGACUACACAAAGGCCCUAUCUCUGCCAGCACUAGCUGACAAUUACUUGAAUGAGGCUGUCCCGGGUAACCUUGAUGCUUCUAAGAGGCAAAAUGGUGAUGUCUCUCCCGUCGCUGUUAAUUCAGGGUCUCCUAGGGGAUCCAUGUCUUGGCUCCAGAAAUGCACUUCAAAAUUUUUUAAUUUGUCGCCAGUUAAGAAGGUUGAACUUGCUGCUUCUCACAAUCUGGCAGGGGAGGCACCACCGUCCAAAAACCACGUCGCAGUAGAAGUACCAUCAAAAAGAUUGAGCACUGAAGAUGAACCAGAAGUAUCCUUCGGUAUUGCAACUGAUUCUCGUGACAUCCAUGGGAUUCAAUCCAACAGCCACAUUAGAGAGGUGGGAGCUGGCCAAGAUGUAUCUGUUGAUGAUCAGAUCAACAUAAAGAGUAAUGCACAAGAAAUUCACGAAGAUUCCCAGCAUUCUGAUCUGAAGGGUGAUCGGCGCAAACCUGGGAAGAGAAGCAGACCCAGAGUAAAUAGAACACGCUCUGUGAAGGCAGUUGUUGAAGAUGCUAAAGCUAUAGUUGGGGAUGCAUUUGAACAGAAUGGGAGUGAGCAUGUUAAUGGUACUGCUGAAAAUUCUGCCCAUAUGAACGAGGAAAUCCGGGAAGAAUCCAGUCUUGUGGUCAAGGAAAAAGCAAUAAAUAGUCGAAAACGAAUCCGCGCUACUUCUCAAACUACAGUGAGUAUGCAGGAUGGUCAUUACAGUGAAGGACAUUCUGAUAGUAUCAAGGCAACUGGGCAGAGGAAGAGGAGACAAAAAGUUGCUCCACCUGUACAAACUCCUGAAAACCGAUACAAUCUCCGGCGAUCCAAAGGUGCGGCUACGGUGGCGGCGGCUAAUGGAACCUUGUCUCAAUCAAGCAAAGGAAAGGGGAAAGUAGAUGAUGGUGGUGUUGUGAGGGUAGAAAUUAGCGACUCUAAAGCUGCACCUGCUGCAUCAUCAGUGGGGGUGGCUAGCGGAGAUGGGGGAAGUACACACUCAGUGCAGAUGAGGACAUUUAAAAGCACUGUGGACGUCUGUGAAUUCAGGUUUGAAAAUGUGGCUGAGCCAGAGAACGGAAAUGUUGAUAUUACAAGCAAGUUAGUUGAUGACACCAUUUUGAGUGAAGAGGUGAAUGGGACAUUGGAAGGGGCUAGGGAGUAUGUCAAUGAUGAGUGCCGAAGUGAAACCCCUGGGAAAGAUGUGGUUAGGGAUGAUGAGGACGACAAUGACGACGGGGAGUUCGAGCAUCCUGGUGAAGUCUCAAUAGGAAAGAAGCUUUGGACCUUUCUUACCACUUGAUCAUGUUAAACCGUACUCGUGUCUUGGCUUCGCUUUAAUGGUCUGGACUCUGAUUUUUCAAGUAUGCUAUUAGAGGUACUUUUUUUGUUUUUUUGGCUAUUAGGAAUUCUCUGAUGUGUAGUAGUGUGUAUUAAUUUGAAAUGUAAUUAUAACCACUGAAAUCCAAUUAUGGUGGGGAACUUGAAUUUGUGUCUUCUUUAGUUUCCUUCUUUUUUUCUUCCUUUCUAGUAGGAAAUUGGGGUGGUUUUACCACAAUUCCAGAUGAUUCAUUGUAGUUGUUUGGACAGUGUCUUUAUUAAACUGAGACUCAGUUUCCUCUA